CUUAUGGAAUCUUUUUCUUUUUCUUUUUUCCCUCCCCAAAAAGUUUGCUCAACUAGUCUCUUCCCUAUAUAUAUAUAUAUAUAUUAGCCAAUGUUGUACCCGUUUAUCGUCGGAAAAUUACCAAUUGCAAUUUGUUUGGUGGUUUGUAGUUUCUGAAUAUAUAGAAUCAUGGCCAAAAUUGCACUUGGAACUUGCCGGGAGGCUUUCCAGCCCGAUUGCCUCCAAGCCCUCAUUGUGGAGUUCAUUUCCACUUUUCUUUUCGUAUUCGCCGGUGUUGGAUCCGCCAUGGCUGCAGAUAAGUUGAACGGGAGUCCGCUGGUGGGGUUGUUUUUUGUGGCCAUGGCGCAUGCAUUGGUAGUGGCUGUCAUGAUCUCCGCCGGUUUCCGCAUUUCCGGUGGCCACCUCAACCCGGCUGUCACCCUCGGCCUUUGCUUCGGCGGUCACAUCACCGUCGUCCGAUCAAUUCUGUAUUGGAUCGAUCAAUGCUUAGCUUCUGUGGCUGCCUGCGCUUUACUCUCCUAUGUUACUGGUGGACUUACAACACCUCCACAUACACUGGCUAGUGGAGUGGACUACUCACAAGGAGUGAUAAUGGAGAUCGUCUUGACAUUUUCGCUCUUAUUUACCGUGUAUGCCACCAUUGUGGACCCCAAGAAGGGAAACCUCUCAGGAAUUGGUCCACUUCUCACUGGGCUUGUUGUUGGAGCCAACAUCAUGGCUGGUGGACCUUUCUCAGGUGCUUCAAUGAACCCAGCUAGAUCUUUCGGGCCAGCUUUGGUUAGUGGAAUCUGGACUGAUCACUGGGUUUACUGGGUUGGGCCACUCAUUGGAGGUGGACUUGCUGGGUUCAUCUAUGAGAAUUUCUUCAUUGUGAGGACACAUGUUCCCCUUGAUAAUGAGGAAUUCUGAUCUAGCUAGUGUAAUCCUCAAUGUUUAAUUGGCUACUGUUAUCCUACCUUUUGCAUUUUGCUUUUUUACUAUUCUACAAUUAACUUGCCUUCUCACGCUGUAAUUUCUACAGUGGUUUUUAUAUCUGUUUAUUUAAAGAGUUUUCUAAGAAUAAUCAUAUAUUGUUUCACUGUAUUGGGAAAUCAUUUAAGGCUUUGUUUGUUUUGUUUUUUGAUGGUUUUUUCAUAAUAUUAAAAUAAUAAAUAUAUCAUUCUAGCUUACUUUUUU